UUAUCGCACGAGUAGGUGUAUAGGUAUUCACCGCCCGUUGUCGCUAGGCAGUUAGAACGCUCGUCUGUAGUUUUAGGUGCUUGUUCCAAUAUAGCAUACCCGUUUGUUCUUAUAUUGGGUUUAAAGAUCUAUUUGAAUCACCAGUGGAUAGAUAGGGAAAAUGGAAGGUGAAGAACAGCACGGGAAGAAGGUGAGGCUGAAUGAUGAAAGGGAGCGAGGCCAAACCGAGGCCAACGAAUCCCCGCGCGCUGAGAGCUCACAGCAGCGCAAACACCCGGAAGACGAUGAUGAAGGACGCCAUACCAGAAGUACUGGAACGUCAACCUGUGGGUCGGGCAACGAUGUAUUUCACGACAGUUCAUCUUCUAAGAUCGAACAAAGUAAACCCAGAUCUGGGGAAGGCAGCGAAUCAAAUAGUCAUGAAAAUGAUCCUGACCCACGUCUUGAAAAUGAAAAUGUUGAUCAGUCUAACGAUUCAGAUCACAUUGAUUUCGGGGAAGCAAGGGGUAGAGAAGUUGAGAAGGAUACAACUAAAGGAAUUCUUCGUGAAAUUCUUGAUGAGUCAAUACGUUAUGAAGCACCAGCAAAUAACGGGAAAACGGACGAUGAUAAAAUACAAUCCGACACGAGGAUUCUUGCCGAGCCUUACCCUAAUGAAGCACCGGCAAAUAGUGUGGAAACAGAUAAUGAAAAAAUCAAAUACGACACAAAAACAAAGAGAACUGAUGUUAAAAGUCACUCAUUAAAUAGCAGAGUUGGGUCCGAUUCUGACCACGUUUAUAAUUCCGAUCAAGUUGAAGAUGAAGUUAAAACUGAAAACCAUGUUCUUACUAAUUAUUUUGAAACCGAUGAUGACAAGUUGAACGAAAACAAACACGAAAGGGUUACAACCCCUACAGCGACAGACAAGGCAACUGAUGAUCACGGUCACUUGAAAUGGGAGAAAGAUACCGAACCAAGUCGUACAAACGCUGAUUAUGAUGAACAAGUAGAAGAUAAUAAAUCUGAGAAAUCUGAAGAUGAAACGCUUGAGAAUGACACUAAAGAAGAAACCGUCGAUGAUGAAAAAAGCACUGCAACAUCACCAGAAGACGGGUACACUAUAAAAACUCCUUUUAAAUCUAAAGCUGGAUUUGAUGAAAACGAACAAGCGCCAGAAGAAGUUGAGCAUAAAAUGGAACCAGUUGUACAAAGCAACAAUACUAAGCAAGCUACGAUGCAAUCAAAAUCCCAACCAGAUAAGCAAACAUUGACCAUAAGCAAGAAACAAGACACAAGAAAGGUGACACUGCAACGAAAACCCGUCUCAUCAGCACCAAAUCUCCACACUAAACAGCAGAAGUCCCAGAGCGCGCGCCUGCCAACACGUGGUUACCCAUUUCCUCGAGAAAAUACACAAACUUCACGCGCCAUCUCUCGAACGUCGGGCAAAAGCGUUCCGAGCCGACCUCGCACUACCAUUGGAUUUAAUACAGAGCAAAGGAAACGAGAGAAGGAUUUUUUCCACGCGGAGUUGAAGAGGUUGAAAGAGAGUCUGCGUAGUGAGUCAAAGAAAAUCUCAAAGCCCAAAGUGAGGGACUUCUACCCGGACGUGUUCACCAGUCUGGAGCCCUACUACAACACAUACACAGCCAACUACUUAAUCAACAUGCCGACCCUAGGUUACAAAGAGAAGCAACCUCAAGAAGCAGCCAAGGAAAAGAAAGAAGAUGAAGUGGAAGAGGAGCCCGACAUUAUGUUCACCACGCGUAAGACGGCAAUCGGUUUAUGUGACCCAUGGCAGAGCCUGAACAUGGACCGACAGGUGCUCCCCAAACUCGAGACUGCCGAAAUCCGACGACGGCGGAUAGAACAAAUGCACCACCUCAACGAUCCAAAACCAAAAUCAGCCGGUGCCGCGAAUGAUAGCAGCCACAAUAACCCGAGGGAAAAGAAACCGGAAGCGAAGCAGGGCAGCACGCGCCUCCCGAAGUUCCCUGUCAUCCACCCGCCCAACUCUGAGAUAUCCACGAAGGAACUUGUCUAUAGCGACGUGCCUAUGUUGAGAGACGAGCUGAUCCGCUCGUUCAGUCACUUUGGAGAGGACCGGAAGAAGUCGGACUACCAGAGGACGAGGCAGGACUUCUUCCGGAUGGAGCUGGAUAGACUGGACGAGUACCACUCUAAAAGCCGGCCACACAUGCGGGCCGCUUAUUUCGCGUAUCUCCAGAACACACCGGGGUCCAGAAAGGCAAUAUAUGACUGUAUGAAGGAAAUGUCCACCCCGAGGAAGAAGAAGGAAGUCGCGCCCCAGGCAGUGGCAUGAGGCUACACAACACUAACUGUUAACCUAUCUGACACAGGGACGCGUAACCGUUAAUUUAAUUUUUUAUUUUCAGUUUAACAUGACAAUACCAUUACAUUGUUGACGUUUUUUUUUAAUAAGAAUUAUCUGCAAUAACCGUGAUAACAGAUAUUCACAUUACCGGUACUUCCUUAAAGGGACUGUCCAACAGAUUAAAUCGUCGUUCGACGCGAAUCGAUAUUUUGGGAAACUACGAGGAUUGCUUAUAUAGCUAAAAAAAUACCUCCGCAUUUGACGUGAGCGUGGAUGGUGGAGUGGUAAAGUCGGUAGACAUUUUACUCCAAGCUUCCAUGACUCUAGGGGUCAGUGGUUCGAGCCCUGUGGCGGUUAACGUUUUUUUCUUCUUUUUUUAAAAUUGUAUUCUUAUUUUUUACUGGAGAUUUUUAGUUCAAAUGUUUAAAUUUAUCAAUAUAAAGCAUUUAAAGCAGUUAAUGACAAGCUUUAAUACAUGCCAAAAUCUGUUGGACGGCCCCUUUAAAGGUUACACAAAAACACCAAGGUCUACCUUCAUCCAAAAAAAAUACGUCGGAUUUCUAUUCCCGGUCCAAAAAAAAACGUUUUCUACGUGAUUAAAAUUGACGUCCAAGAUGUAUGACAUCCGACAACCGUUUCAAUGUUAGAGAAAACUCAUAUAAAAUAUCGAGUUAGGGUUGUGUGGUAUUUUGUCCCGGCGUGCAUUUGUUACUUCGUGUAAACAUUUUAAACCAGUUAUUAACAUACAAAACAUUAUACAUGAAUAUUGUUUCAUGAGUUGUGCAUAAUGUCUUACAUAAUGUUAAUUUAUCUACUAUUGUUUGUGUCAGAUUUAUUCAAUGCUAGUUUAAAUGCAUUCUUUUAUAAAAUUUGAAAUGCAAAUGCCUGGCCAACAUCUACUUGGUCGCUUGUUUUGCUUCACUUUUCUUUCAAAACAGUUAUUCGUGCAACAUUUUUUGUUCGUUUAAACAUCAUUUAACUGAGUGAAUAUUAAAAGAGUGUGUAUUGUUAUAUUAGGACUCUAAAUCACACCAGUUUAAUUAUGAAUCAUGUUAUAGUUUGUCUCUCUAUAUAUAUAUUACUUGUUUAGUCAAUAUCAACUGUGAUACAAAUGCCUUUACCAUUACCAUAUAGGGCUUUCUAAGAAUACAUGUGUUUGUUAUAAAUAUGUGCAUGUGUUAAAUACAUGUGUUAUAUAUAAAUAUGUACAAUCGUGAGCAUUUAAUAGACCUUCUAACAGUACCUUACUGCAUUUCCGUCACGGUCCGUCAUAAAACGGAUACAUGUCACCAUAAGCCUGAAGUGUUUGGUAAGAACUUGAGUAGACAUUAAUCCAUUCAUGUAUUAACUCAACUGAGAUAUGUGUAGUUUCUUUACAAAAUGUGUCAUGUUAAUUGAUUAACACUUAAGUGCGUAGUUGUGAUUCACACUGCUAUGCAUCGUAUUGCUGUACUGAUGAUUAUAUUCGAAUCCGACUUGAUUUCGGCUAGAGCACUAUUCGGAUAGCACGAAUAUUUAGUUACGUAAUUAAAAUUAUAUCAAUCGAACAAUAUCACCAAUACAAUCGCAUGGGAUCAAUAAAUCUUUAUAUUUAUUUAUCGGGGCUCGUGUAAGGUAGCUUUUUUUCUGAAUUUCAAAAUAUCCGAAAAGUUAUAUCCGAAAUCAAACCAACGUUUGUCAUACAACUGUUGAUUAUAUAAAAAAUAAAUCAUCUUUACACUUAAA